GUCGCCCUCAGUGAGCUCCGUGGAAGAAAGAGAAUGACCCGUGGAAAUCAACGUGACCGUGACCGCGAACGUGCACAAAAGAAGACUGGCGCAGCCAAAAAGCCGAAGGAGAGCAACACGAGCUUGCAGCAGAGGAAGGAGAGGGAUGCUGAAGCGAUGAGGGUGAAGAAGGAGGCAAAAGACAAGGCGACUGCGGAGACUGCAGGGGGAGGGGCGAAGUAGCAUUCGUUCUGCCGUCGAGUUGAUGGCUGCAUCGAGUUCUGAAUGGGGUUACUGAGUCGGAGAAGCGGCGCGAGAGGUGUUGAGAAAUAUGCUGGGGGAUGUUGGAGAACAAGCGCCAAGCAGGAGACAACGGAUAUCCUUCACUUUGUACUACUUUUUAUUUCCACCUUCCAAGACCCACUCAUCAUCGUCAGUCAAUCGACUUGGUUGUCUUCAUGGCGGUUAGCUCCCACCAGAGAACAACCUGCUUAACCC